GUUGGAUUUGUGCCACUCCUCUUAUUUUUUUUUGUUCUAGCAUACAUAAAUCUGAUUAUCAUAGAGCUACACAUCACUUUUUUAUUACCUAUUGACACUUGCUCAUCAUGUGGCUGCUGUUGGGACUCUGCUUCACCUCCUCACUCAUCCACUCAGUUCAAAUGCUGAAGUGUUGGGACAGUCGGGAGUCAUUAAAAACCUGUCCUGCUAACCAGCCCUAUUGUUAUGUUUACAAGAGCUAUUAUGGCAUGAUCAGCAAUGAGUCCAUUUCUGUGCAGUCUUGCAUUGAAGCGUGCUCUUUUUUAGGAAAACCUUUUUCAUACAAUCUUGGGUAUCUUAAUGCAACUGCUACGUGCUGCAACACAGAUGGCUGUAACAGACUUGAUCUGCCUGAACACAACACUGCCCCGACAGGACGGACAUGCAAGUCAUGCAACAGCAUAAACGAUGAUAAGUGUGACACACCCCUGCCCUGUGUGGGAAUCCAGGAAUGCUGCAUAGAUGAUUCAUCAUCAUCCGGCAGCACUUACCAAUGGAAAGGUUGUGGCUCAAAAUUUUUUUGUAAAGACUCAUUCAACUCGAACUCUGGAAACCUGGGCUACCCAUUAAGCACCAACCUUGGAAACCUGGGCAACCUUGGAAACCUGGGCUACCCAUUUAACACCAACCCUGGAAACCUAGGCACAAAAUGCUCAAUCCACAAUGUCAGUCUUCUACUGAUAUGUCUUAUAAGUUUUAUUUUCAAUUAGUGUCAAGUAAAGUCAAAUUGUAUUGCAAAAUCUUUUCUAAACAUUUGGUAAACCAGCUGUUUAUGAAGGUUUGAUUGUGUUUAUGAGGUGCACUGUAACAUGUUCAUUUAAAAAAUAAAAACACAUUAUUUUUCA